AUGAACAGUGUGACCAAAGGGCAGCUUGACCUGGUCAUCCAGAGUUUCCACGAGCUACAGCAUGUCUUUCUGACGUCUUUCCACCCUGUCUGUCCCUCUGUCCAUCUCUCUGUAGCUCUCCUAAGGGCUUGUGCUGAUGGCGGCGCUAAUCGCCUUUAUGACAUCACCGCAGGCAAGCGUGACAGUUUUCUGCCCGACUAUAUCAGCGGGGAUUUUGAUUCCAUUACUGCCGAGGUCAAAGCUUUUUAUGCAGACAAGGGGUGCACGCUGAUAGAAACAGCUGACCAGGACCGGACCGACUUCACCAAGUGUCUGGCCGUCAUGGUGGAAGAGAUUCAAAGACGCCACUUACAGGUGGAUGUUAUAGUGACUCUGGGUGGGCUGGCAGGCAGGUUGGACCAAACCAUGGCCUCUGUGGAGACCCUUUACCACUCUCUGUCCAUGACACAGCUCCCCCUGUUGAUCAUACAGGAGACUAGCCUGGCAUAUCUGCUGAGACCUGGGAGCCACAGACUGGGGGUGAACACGGGCCUGGAGGGGGCCUGGUGCAGCCUCAUUCCUGUAGGUGGACCCUGCCAAACGCUCACCACUGGACUCAAGUGGAACCUGGAUCAUCAGGUCCUGCAGUUUGGUGAACUAGUCAGCACGUCCAACACCUACGAGCCUGUCGGCCCCGGAAAGCCCAGGAGGUCUGUGACGGUGACCACGGACCGGCCUCUGCUGUGGAGUAUGGGCAUCUGUAUGGACAGACUAUGACCAGCACACCCGACGGAUCAGAACUGAAACCUCACCGGGUUACAGUUUCGGUUUUCAGCGAAGAACAUGGAGCCAAACCAUGUGUCGAUGCCAAGUACUCAAGUUCAGAUUUUCACGAACGAGACUUUGAAAGUACACCAAAACUGUAAACUUUAACAACUGGCCUGAGUCUGUCGUUACUGUGGUGUUUGUUAGAACACACAUCCAAUUUCCACUGCAGAAAGACAACUCAUGACAAAUGCAGGUCCAGAUAAAACAAGAGGUUGUUAUAUUUAAGAAAAACAAAACUACAGAAUUUCUGAGUUUAAAGUUGCAAAUUUACAAGAGAAACCUCAGAUAUCUUCUGAGAAAAUAAUAUCAGAAAUUUGUGAGAAAAACAUUUUCUCUGAGGGGAAAAAAAGAUCAGAUAUUCUCUGAGAUUAUGAAGUCAGAACGUUGCAAUGAAUCAUAAAUUUGUAAGAAAAUAAUGAGAAAAUAAUCCAGUGGUGUCCAAAUUAUUCC